AAUAACUAAUAAGUAUGGAAAGUCAUCCUACGACCUACAUUUUUAUUUGCUGUUAGCUACAUUAAAUAGGUGAGAACGAGGAUGAUACGGGAUUCCAGCGAAUUAUAAAUAGAGUAGUAACGGUGGUAUAUGUGUGGGUGUCGUGUAGUCUGACACGGCGCCAGAUAGGAGGAACGCAGGUGUUGAUCGCGGUGCAUUGGAUCUGGCGAUGCACUUUCAAGUUUCGUGUUCACUGUUCAUGCAGUACGCUAAUAUUGAUAUAAAACUGAUUAAUUUUUAAUAAAGUGUAUGUGUAAUUUGUGUACCAAAACAAAAAGUAUUAAGUGUUUCAAUUAGGUACAUAAAACAUUCACAAUGCAGUCAGAAGGGGUUCCUGUAGAUCUUUAUAUCUAUGACUUGACUAAUGGUCUGGCAUCAGUGAUAUCACCAAGUAUAGUAGGCCACAAAGUGGAGGGUGUUUGGCAUACAUCCAUAGUUGUGUAUGAGCGUGAGUACUUCUUUGGAGGGCAAGGAAUAAGCUCCUGUCCACCGGGUAGCACAAGUUUGAGAGCUCCACAUCAAGUUACGACCUUGGGGAACACAUUCGUACCAUUUCCAGUCUUCAAUCAGUACAUAGAGGGCCUGGCUACAUCAACAUAUGCUGGUUCAACCUAUCAUCUAAUCGAUCACAAUUGCAACCACUUCUCCGAUGAAAUCGCACAGUUCCUUUGUGGGGCACGCGUACCUAAGCACAUAUUGUCUCAAGCUGAGAGAGACUUACCGGCGCAUCUUAGAAUAGCCCUUACUUCAAUGUUAGAGCAGCUGGUACCAGAUGGCUCACAGGCAGUUUACGCGAACGGAGUUCGUCAUAGUCGACAGGAUAGCCCCGAUUACCUCACGCUUAAUAAUCAAAUCGAAGAAGCUAGGAUCGCGUCACAGGAGUUAGAAGCUAAACGUAGUACCAUAGCGGAAAAAGUUGCGCGAAAGGAGCGGAAAAAAGAAAAGAAAAGAAAGAAGUUGCGCGAACAAGGUGGUGCCGGUGAUGAAGAUGGAAAGGUGCAGUGCUCCCAAUUGCCCGACAAGCGUCGCAUUGAUUCUUUUCCUUUUCCACGUAACUGGCAGGACGAUCGUGAUGAGAAAAUAGAAGAUACGUUCAAACAUAAGUUGCAAUUGACGUAUAAACGAGAAACCUCUAAGUCCAUUCAGACCCUAAAAGAUUUGCUAUGUAAAAAAGACGGGACAUUUCUUUGUAGAUUUAGAGGUUCCUCUAUCGUUUUACAUGUGUCUGUGAUUAAAUUAGCAUUGGUAGUUCCAGUCACUACUAGAUCAGUCGGAUUUUAUACCCAAUAUCUCUUUAAGCAAGUAUACGCAUUGUAUGGCCAAGAAGUUCCUGAAUGUACACCUUGCGAAAAUGUUCCUAAAUGUACACCUUACGCGUUCUAUCGAGUUACGCUAGCUCAAUUUGAAUAUAGAUUGUUGAUGGCCAAACGCUACCUAAAUCAUGACACGGGGAAUGACGCGCUGUUUUAUACGCCACAUCUUACUCUUGAUAUAAGAUCUGUUAUUCAAUCAAUUUCGUUUACAUUUUUACCUGUAUCUAAGAUCAUUGCAGGCAUUGGAACCGUGACAUAUAAUGGUCAGGUUUUUUACCCCAGAUGUUUAAAAGACAGUGUUCUUGGAAUACUCUAUUCAAACUUGAAAGAAAUAGUUACAGCGAUGGCAAACCCCAAUUCACCGACUGAAAGUCGUCGAGCUUUCUACGAUUUGAACCCUCUUCCGUUCGCUAAAUGGAAUCAACCUCAUCAAACAGGGGGUGAUCAGCCUCCUCUAGUUGAUUUAGACCACCCUCUGCUGUUGAAUCCCGAUGACUUCAUGCCCCCUGGGUACGGCGUUGACGAUUUUGUAAAUGAUGUGGGUUGUGUGCUGGACUUCAUUUCUUUUUUAAAAAGAAAAGAACUGAGGUGUAUUGGUCAAAUACCGAUACAAGAUUAUGAAUCUCCGGGUCAUCAAAGUAUCCUAGUUUCAAAUUACGCUACAGGUCUACGAAAUCCUGACAAGAAAUUCCAGAAUCAAUGGGCUGACGAGGGCAUGCCUCAGGGCGGUCUGGACUGUUAUUGGUCCCAUGAUAAACUAUCACAGCAGGAUUUUUACAUGGGAAUGACGAUUUUAGUAGGUGAAUCAAGACCAGGUGGGCACCCUUAUCGCGCGAGUAUUAUGGGCAGAUAUGAAGUUUCACACAGAUCCUGGAUCGCCUUGCUUCACCGAACUUUUAUCUGAGUUUGGCUAGAAAAGCUAGAAAGCUCUUAGCAUAUCUUUUUGAGGCAUCGUUGAUGAGGGAUCUGGAAGAAAAUAUUAAUAAUUUAAUUUAUAACAAUCAAUAGAAAUGUUUAUCGAUGAACAUUAAUUAAUUGUGAUUAACUAUAUAAAAACGAUAGUUUGCGGUCACGGUAGAAGUAGUAUAUAAGCUAAAAAUAGACUUAAAGCUUAAUUACUAUUUUGUACAUAAGCAUCGAAUAAACUUAUUUCUACUA